AUGUCUGCCGCCUCUCUCGAGCUGGGCCGUUGGAACCAGUCCGAGGUGGUGCUGCUCGAUAUUGAGGGCACUAUUGCAAUUAUCUCAUUCGUCAAAAAUGUCAUGAGCGUCCCCUUCACAGUCCAAGAUCAGUCGAGCAUCACAGCGGGCCGCCCUUCCUGGCCACUUCGUGUUACUUCGGCAGUCGCUCUCUCUGUUCUAGACACACAUCUACACACGCUCUCUCUCUCUCUUUUUCUUGCGCCUGCCUCCUAUACGGUGAUCAUCGCCUGCCAACCUUUCGUCAUCUGUCACGCGAUGUCUUACCCGUAUGCACUUGACAGUCUCACAAGACUUGCACGCGAGUCGUGGUCUGAUGCCAGCUUUCAAACACUCAUCGACGGUUUCCCAGACGCGACCAAGCGAGAUGCCAGUACCCUCAUUGCACACGUACAAGACCUGACGCAACGGGAUGUCAAGGCCGUCUAUCUGAAGCACUUGCAAGGUAGGCUACCAAACUUCUCCACAACGUCACCUCAAGCACGCUGGCACCCUAGUCCUGUCUCGCAGCAAAUCAUGGGGCUGCGCUUCGGGAUCACCUUUGUAAACAAACGCCAGCACCGCCCGCUGCUCCACCAGCUCAAUGUGGUCAAGGUUGAUUGA